AUGCGUUUGGCCAUAAUACUCGAUCGACACCUCUCCAAACACCAAUGGCUUGUGAACGAGCAGGCAAUUGCAGCCAUCGCACCUUCGGAUACGGAGGACGAUUCCCUGGAAUCGAAUGAACUGGAGCAAGUGUACGAAAUCUUUCGGUUCUACGAUUCGUCGCUUCACGGUGACAAGCUCCCGUCCAUCAACCUUCCACGAUUCCUCGAGCUUCUUAAGGAUGGCCACAUCCUGUCCAGUUCGUUCACUGCCCAACAAGCAGAAGAGGUAUUCGCCACUGCCGUGCUUGGCAAACUGCGCACAUAUCUCGACGCAGACGGGGCACCUGCGCUCUCCUUCAAGCUCUUCUGUGGCGCGCUUAUGCAAUGCGCUACCAUCAAAUUUCCCAACAUGAUUCCGAGCUCCGCCCUUCGAAAGCUAGCUCGCCGUCACUUGUUUUCGCUCAUGACAGAGCUGUUGUCUGCAACGCAUGAAAACGGAGGCCCUAAACACAACCACAGUCACAUUGUGGGUAGCAAAAGCAUGGCUGUGGCUGUGGGAGACAACUACUGGCACCCGUUGGACGCUCAAUACGAAAAACGGUUGGAAAAGAGACGAGUGUCCCAGACAGCGUACGACUGCGUCGUGCGGCAUAUCUUGCCAACCCCACAGCCGCCUGCAAACACAGUGAUCACCCCCGAGAUGCGUUCGUGUUUCGGCGAUCAAGACGUGGACAUGAUUCUCGAUCGAUUCAACUUGUUUGAUCAUGCUGAAACGGGCACUAUCGACCACGACGAGCUCUUUGUGUUCUUUCACGGGCUGUCCGAUGCCCUUGCUCUCGGCAACGUCCAGCCUCUUGUCGCGCAGUUGAAAUCCGUCGACAAAAUCACAUUGCCUUCCAUCUUGCAUGUUCUCCUCGGUGUAAUGAAGCCUGAAGGACCGCCGAAUCCAACCGUCUUUGAGUCCGUACCGCCGGACACCUCCGAUGCAGUCGACGCGACCGAAACCAAGGAAACCCUCUUGGCCCUGAGUCAGGAUUGCCCGCCCGACAACUGGGGCCUCGAUGACAUCGUGCCCGCCCCAGUAGACCCGACUGCAAAAACGGCGCAUGCAGUGAUCAAGCGCGUGACCAUCACAAACAACACAAACGUGAAAAAACCCAAGAAGCCACGCGCGGGCGCCAUGCCUCGCGUUGGCAUGGUGCAUAACGGCAUGAACGAACACAGCGUGAAAAAAUUCUGGGAAGCCACAAUUCGGGACCACGGCCUCACGGAAACGUCUGGCUUGUUUCAAAAAGGCGAGAAGCGCAUGCUGACCGAGACACACACGCGACUCAAGUCCGAAGAAAGCGCGAUGGCGCUGUUGCAACUUCGCGUGCGGAGCCGGUUGAGUGAAGGAUUUAUCGUGGUCGAAGGCAAAAAGUUCGUGGCUGAUGCGCUCGCGGCAGACAAGGCCACAAAAGAAAAGAAGGCGGCAUCUGUCAAGCAGAAAAGUCCAUCGUGGACUUUCAAAAAAACAAGUCUCGACAAAGGCAGCACGGUCGUGCGGUCGACACCAAACUUGCCGCUCUACAGCAGUUCCCACCACCUACCGUUGUACCAGAAAGCGGCGUAUCAGCUUCCUCCCGCGUGGCAUGACCACGCUGCGGCGCAACAUGACACGUCCUGGGUGCACGAAUCUUUUCCGUGCCCACCCGUUGGUACCCAGCCUCAUCUGGGCUGCCAUCGUCAAGCACACCCAACAAUUCGAGCCAACAUGUAUUAUGCCGACAUGACGCGGCAGGGGAUGCUUCCUCGGAUAGGCGACAGCUCUUUGAAUCGAUGA